ACGUGACGCUCGACGCGGGGCUGUCCAAGAUGGCGCGCGGCCUGUGGGCUCUGAGGAGAAGGAAGAGGCGCGUUCACCUGUAGCCCGGAGCCGAGAGGCAGGGCGUGAGGCUCUUUCUCUGGGCCCCGCCUUGGGAGGCCUUUCCACCCCCCACUUUUUUUUUUCCGGCCGCCUUCUCCGGAGACUCCGUUGGGUAGCUGCGGGGCGGCUUUUCCAUGUGAAAGUCCCGCGAAGGGGGUGAUGGUGUGGCCGACCGGCGGCGGCGGUUCCUAAAAAAAGCAGCGGCGACCCCCCUCGGUUCUCGAGUGAUGGCUCUGCGGGAGCUGAAAGUUUGCCUCCUUGGGGACACAGGUGUGGGCAAAUCAAGUAUUGUAUGGCGCUUUGUAGAAGACAGCUUCGAUCCAAACAUCAAUCCAACAAUCGGCGCGUCUUUCAUGACCAAGACAGUACAGUAUCAGAAUGAAUUACAUAAGUUCCUAAUAUGGGAUACAGCAGGACAAGAACGAUUUCGUGCUCUGGCACCAAUGUAUUAUCGUGGGUCUGCCGCAGCUAUUAUAGUCUAUGAUAUUACAAAAGAGGAAACGUUUUCAACAUUAAAAAACUGGGUAAAAGAACUUCGCCAGCAUGGACCACCCAAUAUUGUUGUAGCAAUUGCUGGAAAUAAGUGUGAUCUUAAUGAUGUAAGAGAAGUUACUGAAAAAGAUGCUAAAGACUAUGCAGAUUCCAUCCAUGCAAUAUUUGUAGAGACUAGUGCAAAAAAUGCAAUAAACAUAAAUGAACUGUUUAUAGAAAUAAGUCGUAGAAUUCCAUCCACAGAUGCCAACCCUCCAACUAUUGGUAAGGGUUUCAAACUUAGAAGACAGCCUUCUGUGACAAAACGCAGCUGUUGUUGAUACUGAGACCCAACAAGCUAGAUUUUAUAAACUAUUUGGCCUUAAACAUUAAGGGUUUAUUUCGAGUAUCUAUUACUGAUCAUGGAUUCUGAUCUCUGUGAUAGUCAAAGCCAACAUGGACCAUUUUUGGCAUUCUUACAUACAUUCUAUGGGGACCUUGCUGUUAGACUGUUUCCCCGUGUGCAGUGUACAGACUAAUAUCUUACAGUCAAAGGGAAUCGCCUUUCAUUCUGCUUUAAUCUUUGAAGAGGAGAAUCCAAUGUACAGAUUAUAAGCCUUGAUAUUUCAUAGUUUUGUAGAAAAACAUUGCCAUGCUUUUGUAAUUGGGGAAGUGAAACUAGCACUUUUUAUGGAUUUUGGAGGGAGUGGCCUAGAAAAUAUGGAAAGGAAGGUUUGGCUUGAUUUUAGUGCCAUUCUGCACUCCUUGCUAUUACUGUAAGCCUUAAUGUUUUCAUUGUUGCUUCUUCGAAGACUAGAAAAAACAGAUGAUUGAUGUGGCUCCAGAAUAAUGAUACUGAUAAGAGUGACCAAAUCAGUCCAUCCAGUACCCAAUCUUAAAUUGCACUUUUUAUUUUCUGAUAUUAUUAUAAAUAUAAAUAAGAACGUUGCUUUUAAGCAAAAACAAAAAUAAGGAAAGUGUAGCCUUAGACAAUCUUAGCUCGUUAUAUUUAAUUAUUUUAUAGUUCAAUAGACAUAGAGUCUUCUUAAUAACUUUCAGUUAAGAUACUAGUAAGAAGCUUAGAUGAAAAUAAUUUGACUACAACUGACAGGUAUCAGUUGCUGUCAGUAGCCUUAGAGCAAGCAUGUUAGGUGGGAAAUGUUUCUAAUUGCUUAGCAUAAACCAUUUUAUACUUAUUUAUAAAACCAGUGUCUGAAGUAAUAUAAAUUAUGAAAGUGCCAUUGCUAAAGGUAGGAUUCUUGUUUAUUUCUCUCUCUCUCGUCCAUGAAGUGGAUUGUGAACGAAGGUCCUACAAACAGUUGCCAGGAAUUCCAGCCUGAGCAAUGAGCAUUAAAUCAGUUGGCAUCCUCUUGAAUAGCACUGGGAAAGAUUUCCCUCACUAUCCAGUAGAGGUUGCUGCUAGUGUACUUUGAGGCUUCCUUUGGGAACAAAUCAUGAAUAAUCCAGAAAUGGCAUUCAGAGCUAACUGUCUGGGACAGUGUAGAUAUUGCUUGCAUGUAGUUGAACUCAUCUCUUUACACCCUCUUUUAAACAGAUAGUUUCUUAGCUUUGGUUGUGCUUUCCGUUUAUUUUAAACUAUAAAUUAAUCUUGCCCCAUCACAUGAUUUCCCAUCAUUUAUUUUUGUUGCAAAUAGAGCAAACAUACUCCAUGUUUUUUGUCUUUAAAAUAUAGGCAGGUAAACUCAUAAUGUGUAAAAGAAGCUAUAAGGCUUUGAUAUUUCCUAUUCGGUGGAACAUGUCUGGUGGCUUGUUCUUAAUUCACCACUUAAAAGGGAAUUUCAAAGGUUACGUUGGAAAUAGACAGUUUAUACUUUUUUUAUUUUAUACCAUAUAGUUCAGCAUUACUCUUAGGAGAAUUAUUAUAGUUAACCAAUGCAAUUGGAAAUAUUGAGUCAGGAUAUUUAAGCCCGUGUGAAUUUGUCUAAGAAUUCAAAAUUCUAAUUUUGUAGUAUGUUGUAUGCUUUAUCAGAAGUUUCUCUGCAAAAAAAAAGCCAAUUAUGGCAUUCCCGCUAACCAAACUAUGAAUCUGUACAUUAUUAAUGAAGUCUAUUGUGCAUUCCAUUUCUUGACUUGUUUAUGACAUUAGUUUGUUCUGAGUUUUACUUUCAAGAAUCAGCUUGAAGACAUGUAUGUCACCUAGUCAAAAGAGCCAUAUACUGGCAAUAAUUAUUUAGAAUUAAAGCUUGGAGAGGUUGGCAUUACAAGUCAAUCCAAUAGCUUUGAUCAUGAUUUAAUCAAUGAUAUAAUGCUUGUCUGGCAACAUAUGUGGAACUGAAUGUGUGAAAGAAACAAUAUCAGGGAUGUACUUACUAGGGUGUUUUCAAGGCAGUGUGCUCAGUACAUUAAACUGAAGUCAAAUAAGGAUCUUUUCCAAGACUUUUAUGAGGCUUCAGCAAGAACCUUACAGUUCCUCCCUUCUAUGUUAACAUUGUACCAUGUCCGAGAAACUCCCAUCAAAACUCUGUGCUGUUUCAGAGACCUUUGAAAUUUGGCAAGGAACUGCCAUGGGGUUGAGGAAAGCAAAAAUGUCUGGGACCGUGAAUGCUUAAAAGGACUUUUUAGAUUUAACCUCAUGUUAGUUAAAAACCCCUCUAAUGAAUUGGAGAUAAUUAGACUGCUUCUGUACCUACAUAUAAAUAGAAACACACUGCACUGAUGAUGUUAUCUAAUUCAGGUAAGCAAUAUCUGCAAGAAAACAACCAAGCUCAGAGAGCACCAAGGACCCUUCAUUUCAACCCUGAGCUACAAAUAAUCUCCUCUAUCAGAUAAAUCAUUGUCCUCCAGGGAAACCUUGUAUAGAUAUAAUAUUGGAAUGCCGAUGAUUAUAUGCUUAUCCAAACGGUAAAACUUUUUCACAUGGCUAUUUUAUAAUCACUGUUCUAUUUCUUGGUGAUACUUUACUGGUUAGUCUAAAUAAGUCUUAAAAAUAGUUAAUGCCACACAUAAAGAGAGGUCAAGCACAAAGCUUAUUUUGGAGAAUAUUACUCAUGUCUAGAGCAGCCAACUUUACCCCUGCGUGAUAGUAGCACCUUUCCGCUAUUUAAGGCUUUCAUCAUUCACUUAUGCCAUUGUGAUAUUAAUUGACUACUUUCUUACAAUUACCUAUAAUUAGACAGUUUCUUUUUAUUUCACCUUCUCUGUAAGCAGAAUAUUUUAACAUAUCACAGUUGCAUCCUUUGAAGCUACUGUUAUAGGUAGUCCUCGACUUAUGACCACAAUUGGGACCAGAAUUUCUGUUGCUAAGCAAGGUGGUUGCCAUGCUUGUUAAGUAAAUCAGAUGGUCAUUAUUGAAUCCAGUUCUCCCCAUUAACUUUGCUUGUUGGAAGCUGGCUAGGAAGGUGGCAAAUGGUGAUCAAGUGACCCCAAGACACUGUAACUGUCCUAAUUAUAUGCCAGUUGACAAGUGCCCGCAUUUUGAUCAUGUAACCAAUGGGAUGCUGCAAUGUCUGCAAAUUGAAGACUAGUCACAAGUCACCUUUUUCCAGUGCCAUUUUCACUUUGAACAUGGCUAAACAAAUGGUUGUAGGUCAAGGGCUACUUUUAGUGUUACCUUGUGUUAACACAUGUGGCUCUGCAGAAUGGCAUUUCAAGCAUAAGCUGUGGCCUUGGCUGUAUUUCAGAAACUUCCCUAUCUGUCCCAAGUCAUCGAGUUCACUGCCAGUGUGUUAGCCUGCCUCAAAGUUCUCUGGAUGUACUUAGUCAAAUAUUUGUAUUGAGAUAAUUUAAAUCUAAAUCCCUACUCAUUACUGGAGAAAGGGCGCUAUUUACAGUACCUCAGUGCUAUUUGCUUAUUGCUAUGCAAAUUAAUAUGAAUUUUGAGCUUCAGCAUCCCUUCUAUUUGGGAAUGUUUAGUUUCCCAUUUACUGAAGUUAAACUAUUUCAAGUGAGUUGUUUGUAAAGAAAAAAAAUUCUAUCCACCAAUCUUGCAUUGAUCCUAGAUCUCAUUCAUAGGGCUUUUCUGGGGGUGGGGAGGCAGGAGGAGAGAUAGGUGGAAUGAUACCUGAUAUUGGGAGAGGUCUUUAGCCUUGCUAUUUAAAGUAUAUGCAUAUCAAAGCCAUAAUCCUAUGUAUGCUUACAGGGAGUAAGUCCCAAUAAAUUGUUUCUUUGAGAGCAGGUUGUAUGCGAUUUCACAUGGAUUUAUGUGUUCAUUAUCUCCCAAGUAAUUGAAAUCUUAUCUUCAGCUUUAAUUUAUACUGGAAUAAGCUCAAUGCAGAAUGAAAAGAGCAGUUUCUUUUUACCAGAUGGCUUUCUAUUAAUUCUUACAAGAUUUGUGCUGUUGCAUGAAACUUAAUAUGUUGAAACAUACAAAAAAACAAAAGAGGACAUACUUCCGACUUUUUUUGUGGGUACUAUGGCUACAUAAAGAUUAUAUACACCAGUUCUAUAAAUUAUGGUUUGGACACUGCAGUAAAAUAGUUGGUCAUUUAUGUAGGAAACUCACUAUUUGGUGGCAUAUCUAAAAUAUAUUUGUCACCAUGCAUAAAAUUUUAAAAACAUGGCUUUAAUAUGUAAAAACCAAUAGAUAAAGAGAAACCGUAUUUAUCUUGAUUUAAAUAGUGAUUGAAAAGUUAAGCAGAUAACUUUACUGAAAAUAACCUUUUGGUAGCGUCAGAUCUCUGUUACUACAGUCAAGACUAAAAAAGGUAAAUAUGUGUCUCUGAUGGAGAUAUUAAUUAGAGAAAAUGAUAAAGGUAGCAGCCUAAGAAUUCUGACCCUGCACCCUUACUGAAGGGGAAGGAGGGACUGCUUUGGACAUCCUGCACCUGGGCAUUGUUUACACAACAGCUGCUGGCCUUUUGAUCAUUGAUCUACUCUCACAGGUAGUUGGAUUCAAAAGAGCAAAGGCUCAAAGGAAUCUCUUUCAUAAUUCUAGUUAAACAUAGCAUUAUCUAGUCAUUUAAAUAUAUAUGACAGAGUUACUUUUGAAAGCAUAACCAAAAUUAUCUCAAAACGCACUCAUCAGAGUUCCAAUGGGAGCCUGAGUCUGUCACAGAUAUUCCAAGAUCCAUUUGUCAAGAUUUAGCUUUCAGAUUAUUAAAUGUACACAUAACUUUCAGGCUGCCCAUUGGCAUUUGAUUGAACCUACAGUACAUGUUAUUCUAUAUUCAGAAGUAUGAGUUCAAAGAGUUCUUUCAAGGCAAGUAGCACUGCAGUGUAGAGGAUUACAUGGUUUAAGCCCUGCAAAUCAUAUUACUAGCCACUCAGAAGGAAACAUUUCUGGCAAAUUAUUUUUCGCUUUCUUCUUAAAUACAUAGAACCUGCUGAUAGUCUUUAGGCCUCAGCUGACUUUGCUGUAGUGAAUCCCCUUACUGUUCCAAACUGAAAGCAACGGGAAAUAUACAACCCUGCAGGAAAUGAUAGAACUUAAAUUAAGGGAAAUAACUAUUUGGUCAGCCACUGAAGAUAGGUGAGCCAAAUGUGGAAAAGCACUUUUAAAUUGUUUCGUCUUACUUUGUGAUCAACAUCUACUGUAGUUCUUGCUUAGGCCUUUAAAGCAAAGAAGAUGAAAUGUGUCUUAGCAUAUCUUUACCCUGUUGAUCUUCAUUGUUAACGCUAAUUUCUGCUUCUUAAAGGAAUUACAAAGCUGGUUUACUAUGCCUUUGCUACUGUAAGAGUAUUUCUUGCAGUGAUUGGAGGAAAGAACUCUUGCUAUGAAUAGCAUUUAGUUUAGGUCACAAUGGGGAGUGCCUCGCCUCAACUGGAAUCUAGUGUAUCGUAUUGAUUACACUGCAUUUCAAUGGAUGUUUUUGGAAUGUCCUUUUUCUGUACUAUGUUUGCUGAACAGGAGAGGUUUUAUUUUUAGUAGCUUGGAUCAGCAAAUCUUCCUCUGGAUGAUCUUGGGGGAAUUCUAAUUUACAGCAGGCAUGCAGCCAUUUGAACUGCCUAACCCACGACUCCUCAUCUAUGGUUUCACUUUAUAAAUAGCUGCAAGCAGGAAUACACAGGUUUAGGACAUUUCCCAGUGAAAUUAUAUUUCAAAAGUACCCAGCUUUCAAUAGUCACUUUGGGUAAAAAUGUUUUUUUUCCCUGAGCAUAUAUUUUUUGAGGAAUGUCAAGAUCUUACGAUUAAGGUUUGGGAUUUUCUAAUAACUCAUUCUUUCAUGAGAGACACACUGGCAAAUAUUAAAUAAUUGCCUUCAAUUGAUUUUUCUCCUCUUUUGAACUUACCAACAGAGUAUUUUAAUUCUGUCUCUUAUAUAUAUCAUAUAUAAUUGCAUUCAAUUUCUUGUACCCUGAGAAGCUUGCAUCCAAGAAUUAAAUCACUUCAGCAUAUU